GUAAAACAAAUCCACAUUCCACAAAGGCACAAAUGCCCGCCAGCCGGCCGGCCGGCCAGCGCACGCCCCACCCGUGUAUUUAGGCCACUCCGCCGCCCCACUCCCGAGGGAACGAAGCGAGCGAGGCUGACCAUUUCGCACGGAGGCACCGAGGACCCGAGCCAUGGCGCUGCCGCUGGUCCUGCUGGUUCUGCUCGCCGCUGUGACGGCGGCGAGGGAGGCGCACGGGUACGUGGCGUACAACACGAGCGCGGGGACGGUGGCCGGGCUGCUGAACGUGCACCUGGUGCCGCACUCCCACGACGACGUCGGCUGGCUCAAGACCGUCGACCAGUACUACGUCGGGUCCAACAACUCCAUCCAGGGCGCGUGCGUGAUGAACACGCUGGACUCCGUGGUGGACGCGCUGGCCAGGGACCCCGGCCGCAAGUUCGUCGUCGCGGAGCAGGCCUUCUUCCAAAGGUGGUGGGUAGAGAAAAGCCCACAAAUCCAGGCCAUAGUGCACAAGCUAGUUGAUUCUGGUCAGCUGGAGUUCAUAAAUGGUGGGUGGUGUAUGCAUGAUGAAGCUGCCACCCAUUAUAUUGACAUGAUUGAUCAGACCACACUUGGUCAUCGGGUGAUUAAAAAACAAUUCAACAAGACUCCAAGAGCUGGCUGGCAAAUCGAUCCUUUCGGUCAUUCUGCUGUGCAAGCUUAUUUGCUAGGAACAGAGCUUGGUUUCGACUCUGUGCACUUUGCAAGAAUUGAUUACCAAGAUAGGGCAAAGCGUAAAGACGAUAAAGGCCUGGAAGUUAUAUGGCAGGGUUCAAGAACAUUUGGUUCAUCUUCUCAGAUCUUUACAAAUGCAUUUCCUGUCCAUUAUAGCCCUCCCGAUGGGUUUAGUUUUGAAGUUUUGAAUGACAUGACACCUGUUCAGGACGACCCGUUGCUGUUUGACACUAAUGUUGAGCAACGUGUUAAUGAUUUUGUUUCUGCAGCCAUAGCACAGGCAAACGUUACGCGUACAAACCACAUAAUGUGGACCAUGGGUGAUGAUUUUAAUUAUCAGUAUGCUGAAUCCUGGUUCCGGAAUAUGGAUAGACUUAUUCACUACGUGAACAAGGAUGGACGAGUGCAUGCGCUGUAUUCUACUCCAUCCAUUUACACUGAUGCAAAACAUGCAUCAAAUGAAUCUUGGCCACUCAAACGCGAUGAUUAUUUCCCAUAUGCUGAUUCAACAAAUGCUUACUGGACUGGGUAUUUUACUAGCCGUCCAACUUUCAAGGGAUAUGUUCGAAUGCUCAGUGGAUAUUACCUGGCUGCACGUCAAAUAGAAUUUCUUGUGGGAGGAUCAUUCACUUCUAGCUUGGAAGACCCACUGGGAAUCGCCCAGCAUCAUGACGCUGUCUCAGGAACAGCAAAACAACACACAACUGACGAUUACUCGAAACGCCUUGCUCUCGGAGCAUCCCAGGUUGAGAAAGGUGUAAAUACUGCUCUGGCUUGUCUGACAAGCUCUAAGGGAACAUGUAUGCCUCCAGCAGUAAAGUUUAGUCAGUGCCAACUGCUCAAUAUAAGCUACUGCCCUUCAACUGAGGAACAAAUUUCAGGAGGAAAGGGUUUAGUAAGUACUAUCUGUUUUAACGUAAUGUUUGCCAGUUAUGAUGUUUGCACAUACUUAGAAUAUCUUCUGCAGGUUAUAACUGCUUAUAAUCCUCUUGGGUGGGAACAUAGUGACUUCAUACGGGUUCCGGUCAAUGACUUACACCUAGUCGUAAAAAGCUCUGAUGGAAGUUUUGUCGAUUCACAACUAGUAGAGGUAGAUAAUGUGACUAGCAAUUUAAGGAAGUUGUAUGUGAAGGCUUAUCUGGGAAUCAAUACAGACAAACCCCCGAAAUAUUGGCUAGUAUUUCAAGCUUCUGUGCCACCAAUGGGAUGGAAUACUUAUUUCGUCUCAAAGCCCAAGGGAGCAGGAUCUAACAGAAUGGGGUAUGUCUCAAGCAUCGCUUCUCCAAGCAAAGACACAGUUGAAGUUGGACCAGGGUCUCUAAAGAUGACAUUUUCGUCAGCAUCUGGACAACUUACGCGGAUGUUCAAUUCUAUCACAGGAGUGGAUUUACCAAUUCAACAGAGCUUUCUUUGGUAUGGUUCAAAUAGUGGUGAUGGCGCGGAUUCACAGGCAUCUGGAGCUUAUAUUUUUAGACCAGAUGGGUCUACACCUACUGUUGUUUCAAGAUCGGUACCGUUAAAAGUCAUCUGUGGACCUCUGGUUGAUGAAGUCCACCAGCAAUUCAGCCCGUGGAUUUAUCAGGUUACAAGACUAUAUAAGGAUAAGGAGCAUGCUGAAGUAGAAUACACGAUUGGGCCAAUCCCGGUCAAUGAUGGCAUAGGAAAGGAGGUCAUCACAAGACUGACAGCAAAUAUGGUCACAAACCACACUUUUUAUACAGAUUCUAAUGGAAGGGAUUUUCUCAAGAGGGUGAGAGACUACAGGGAAGAUUGGGAUCUUCAAGUGACUCAACCGGUUGCAGGAAAUUACUAUCCCGUCAAUCUCGGAAUGUAUGUAACAGAUGGGAAAUAUGAACUUAGUGUCCUUGUUGAUCGUGCUGUUGGAGCUUCAAGCAUUCAGGAUGGUCAAAUAGAAAUGAUGUUCCACAGGCGUAUACUUUAUGAUGAUGGCAGAGGUGUUGGGGAGCCACUCGAUGAAACUGUUUGCGUUGACAGCAAAUGUGAUGGGCUCGUGGCUAGGGGUACUUAUUAUGUCAAUGUCAACAAGCUUGGACAUGGAGCUCACUGGCGAAGGACACAAGGACAAAAAGUUUAUUCACCCUUUCUUCUUGGUUUCGCUCAUGAGGAUGAGAGCAGUUGGAAAUCCUACAGUGUUGUGAAAGCGAGCAUGAUGGAUGCAAAUUACAGUCUUCCUGAUAAUGUGGCAAUCAUCACCUUGCAGUAUCUCGAUGAUGGUACCACACUUCUCCGCUUGGCACAUUUGUUUCAGGCUGCAGAGGACCCACAGUACUCAGUGAUGGCAAAAGUUGAACUGAAAAAAUUCUUUGGAAAGAGAACUAUCAAGGAAUUGACUGAAACUAACCUGUCCGCCAACCAAAAGAAGUCAGCGAUGAGGAAGCUCAAGUGGAGGGUUGUUGGAGACACUGAAAGUAGUCCUGCCCCAAUUACCGGUAGACCGGUUGACAGUCAAGCCCUUGUUGUCGAGCUGGGGCCCAUGGAGAUACGCACAUUCUUGCUGAAACUGUGAGCUGCAAAAAGAGAGAUAUCUUUAUGUAAUUCCAUACAUGUUCUAGGAGAUCAUUGUGCCUUUCAUUUCUGUGAGCAAGUACCUCCUGAUAGUUAUGUCCUUGUACAGCAAUAAAUGUGCCUAGUCACAACUUUCCCAGCAAA